UUUCGGCAAAUAGCAUACCGAAAUCCAAUUAAUAAGCCUUUCUUAUCCUCUUUUUUAUACUGUUCUGACGGCCGAUUUACUCCUCUUUUUUUUUCUCUGCAUUGGUUUUUUUUGGUUUUUUUUUUCUCUGAUUUGUUUUCGCUUUCUUUACUUUCUUCUCUUAUUCAUCUUAUUAUUGCCAUACUUAUAUCAUUUAUAUACAUAUACACAUAAUCUCACACUGCCGUUGUUUAUAUUUCCCAGCCUAAUCGUCUCAUCAUGCUGGAUCAUGUAGAAGAGAAACGAUCGCUUAAACUAAAAAGGUUGUUUCGAUCCAACCUAGCCCCACUUCAUACGACAGGAUCCUCCUCACCGAUGCGCAAAGACUUGUGUAUAUCGCCACCCAUCGUACAGCAUUCAUCUUCCAUCUACUCCCUCGUUUCACCGAUGCGGUCCUCCUUUGGUCAAGCGGAAGAAUCGUACCAUUCAAUGUCCUACCAUCCGCUUUCACCUCCGCCAUCCGCGCCUCGUACUCAUAAAACAACUCAUAUGGUUUCACCAACACCUCGCACAAGCAGUCUCCAAGCUAUGGGACAAUCGUCGGUCCGAUAUGCUCCCUCUCGUCCAUCGAACGCUUCGUCUACCUCGCGCCACACUCAUUACAGUCACGUAAAUGCGCAACAGCAAGGCCUGAAGGACCGUAUGGCUCGUAGUCUUCGUCGACACUCUUGCUCAUCGGCUGCAGUCCACAAGCAGAUGAGAAUCAGGGAUUCUUCGCCCCCACCACUCCCAACCAAUAAAAAACAACUGGAUCCCUCGCCAGCGGCUGCUAUGGCUACCUUGCCUGCGCCCAGUAGCGGUAGCAAAUCCACCCCUCUGCGGAAAGUCAAAACAUACAACGUCCAACGACCGAAUCACACGCUAUCGUCGUCGUCAGAGAGUCCUGAAGACGAAGCUGAACGGCUAAGGAAACAAAAAAUUCUCGAGGAUCUAAUUUCAGGCCGUCGAGGUAGCACGCUCAAGCUAUCUCUGACACCCAAAGUACUAUCCUGACAGCCUUUGCAUCCAUGCAUUCAGUGAUCAGGAGCCUUUUUCCUUUUGUACUUCCGUAUCGGAGUCUCGCUUUCUUUGUUGAGGUUCUGGAACCCAGUCGCUGUCAUCUGCACAGUUCCCGUCCUCCAUUGUGACAAAGUACGAUCCAUCGAUUUCUUUAUCUUCUUUUUCUAGUUACAAGCUAUUAAUCUUUUCCUAAUUACAUAAUUUUCCUUUUUUUUUCACAAGCAUGUCGUUGUUAAGAUGGUAUAUUGGUCCGAGACCAUCGUUCUAUCUUUUUUAACCACACACCAUAAUCACAUCCAUUCUAUAAAGUUCUAUAUAUGUAGUAUGCGUUUCUAUUACUAUGCUUUUUUGUCCAUGAAAUCAUAGAAUGCCUUUUGUGGCAACUCCACAUUGCCUAGACAACGAAUACAGUUAAUGCAACUUAU